AUGUCGCGCGAAGAUUCGUCGUCAGGCAAAGCCAUCGUGAGCAGUGGCUUGGGCAACUCGAUGGCGACGACGACAACGACGGGGAGGCUCCCAUUCCCGAUGCUGACAAGGACGAACUACGCGGUGUGGGCAAUAAGGAUGAAGUACAUCUUGCGCACCAAUGGCGCAUGGGGUGCUGUUGAUCCUGAGAAGGCAUCCGGGGGUGUUGAACAGAGCAAGGACGAGCUGGCCUUGGCGAUCAUCUCCCAGUCGAUCGACGGCGAGACGCUGCUGCGAGUCGCAGAGAAGGGGACCGCCGCUGAUGUGUGGGCGGCGCUGCGAUCCAUGCAUGUGGGUGUGGAGCGUCUCCGGGAGGCAAGGAUUCAAUCCUUGAAGUCAGAUUUUGAUAACCUUAAGAUGAGUGAAGCAGAGUCUGUGGAUGAGUUUGCGGAGAAGUUCAUGAUGAUAGUUGGGCGCAUUCGUGAGCUCGGAGAUGCGAUGGAUGAAAAGUAUGUUGUGAAGAAGCUGAUGCGAGCAGUCUCCACCAAAUUCAUCAAUAUUGCUUCGUCAAUGGUGUUGUUCAACGACAUCAACAAGAUGACCAUGGAAGAGGCCAUUGGGUCAUUGAAAGCACAUGAAGAGCUACUCAAGGGACGGGAGGUCCAAAUAGAAGAGCAACUUCUCAUGGCAAGAGCACAGAACUCGUCGCGAGGACGAGGGCGUGACCGUGGAGGUGGCGAAGGGCGCAAAGACAAAAGCAAGGUGAAAUGCUACAACUGUCAAGAUUUUGGACAUUAUGCUUGGGAAUGUCCUAAGAAAGGAAAGGAGGAGAAGGCUUUGAUUGCUGAAGGCUAUGCCAGCGACGAACCUACUCUUCUCUGA